AGGCGAUCCGGCAACGUUAGGCGCGUAGUCUAAUAUUCUUGGGCUUCGUGGAAAUCCUGUUUUUCUCUGCAAUUUGCAGGCCAAGCUGAUGGUCUCCUGAAACUCCGUCCUAAACUACAUAUUGGAGCUUUUAAUGUUCGAACAUUGUGUCAAAUAGGACAAAAAGCUUCCAUAGCUUGUGCAAUCGAUGUAUGUUGCUUCUCCGAAACGCGCAUACGGGAUGCCAAACACCAAAAGUGUGUUCCACAUGUUCAGAAGUGUAAAUAUUCGAUCAUCCGAUUUAACUGUACAUUCUUUUUCGUAAGUUUAAGACAACUGACAUUUUAUUUGUAUAGCGAUUUCUUUUUCCUGGUUGUUUAGCUGGUGUUGCGAGAGUUAGAGUAGAUAGUCCUUUUUUUACGCUCACUUUUAAAUCUGAGGUCGUUAGGUAUUUGUAAUACUACUGUAAGGCAUUCUAGACUCGUUUCAUUAUUUCUGUUUGCAGUCUGUUGAUUCCUAUUUUGAAUAACUGUUGCGUCAAUUCUUUCAAAUGAACGACUAAUAUACAAACAAUGCAUAUCAAAUUUAAGUAGGUUGACCGCUUUUGUGUUCACUGCUUUUUAACCUGAUACUUGAAAAUUCAUUACAAAUGGUUUCAUUAUCUUUAGGUGCCUCCUGCCGAAAACACGUUUUAUGUGCCGCCAGAUUAUCUUAUUUAUCUUGAUCCUUCUAAUUGUAUUAUUGUCAGUGCUACUAUUAAGAAAUAUUUGGAGGUAUCCAGAAUUUUCAGCAUACGAGCAUUCCAACGUUGUGUGGCUAUGGAAAAAAGUAGUUUUAUCCCCAAAUGACUCUUUAUGGUUAGAGCCAAUUUAUUUACAACAUCCUAAAAAUAUAACUUUUGUUGUAAAAAAAUCAUCCAAAACUUCCGGUCCAUUGUCUCACUUAUCCCCAUUCAGUUCAAUUCGAAAUCUACGACAGUAUAUUUCAAAUAUAAACAUGUUGCAAUAUGUUAAUAACGAAGACCUAUAUGGUAAAUUACCAUCAAGAAAUAAUUUUGAUUCUAUAAAAUCCUCUCCUAAAUACGUAAUACUAGUACAAGUUCAUAAUAGAUCCACAGAAUUACGUCUGUUAAUUGAAUCAUUACGACGUACAAAAGGAAUUGAAACAGCUCUUCUUAUUUUUUCACAUGAUUUCUAUUCUGAUGAACUGAAUAGUCUUAUCGGAUCUAUUCGUUUUACGCGUACUGUUCAAAUUUUCUUUCCUCAUUCACUGCAAAUAUUUCCAAAAACCUUUCCUGGUACUGAUCCAAGAGAUUGUGAUAGUAGAAUGAAACCUACUGAUGCUCGGAAUAUAGGAUGUUUCAAUGCUCGCUGGCCAGACACAUAUCAUCACUAUCGUGAGUCGCAUUUCACACAAAUUAAACAUCAUUGGUUGUGGAAAAUUGAAUUUGUUAUGAAUCAUUUUUAUCCAACAAAAUAUUAUAAUGAUUACUUUAUCUUAUUAGAAGAGGAUCAUUUUGUUGUGGAAGAUAUUUUACAUGUAUGUGGAUUGAUUAGUAAAACUGUCUGGAGUCCUUUAAAAACGGAUGGGAUUAUUGCACUUGGAUCGUAUGAUAAAGAUAACGAAUAUUCAUCCAAUACAAUUCAUUUAACUCAUUGGAUUUCAUCGAAACACAAUAUGGGUAUGGGUAUAUCUCGUGUUGUAUGGAAAAAUAUUGAACAAUGCUUAAAAUCAUUCUGUGAUUAUGAUGAUUACAAUUGGGAUUGGAGUUUACAGUUUAUUGGUGGAAAAUGUUUAUCAGACAAAUUGAAAGUAUUGACUCUACCUCUUGCUACACGUGUCUUUCAUUUAGGUGAAUGCCGUGGUAUUCAUCAUCAACGAAAUGCCUGUGAUACACAAUUGUUAGCCGCAAAAAUUUUACAAAUCUAUAGUGGACCAUUAUUGACUAAACUAUAUCCUACAUCUUUACAAUUAUCAGAACAAUUAUCUAGUAUGAAUAAUCAUAAACAAACCCCCAAUGGUGGUUGGUCUGAUAAACGUGAUCGUAGUCUUUGUCAAAGUUUUUUAUCUAAUAAAUGGGAUGAACAAUUAAUUCAUUGGGCACCGGAAUUAACUAAAUAUUCACCAAUUCACUAGAAAGAUUCAUUUUUAUAAAUUAUCAUUAUAGUACUUGCUAUUAUUUUUUUCUGAUUUUUUUUUUAAACUAACCCAGUUGAUCUUUCAUUAUUUUUGUUACUGUCUUUUUUUGUUUUUUUUUUUAAUAAAAAAAAUAAUAAAUUUUUCGCUUAUUAAAAAAUAACUGCUGAUAUUGUUUUUUUCUCUCAAAUGUAUGUAUAUAUACAUGCAUAUAUAUUGUGAAAUAUCUUUUUUGAAGUUUUCUUGUACAAAAAUGUGUAUGCAUAGAAAUUUGGUGAAUGCAUUAUUGAGAUAAAUAGUUUUUUUUUUUGUGUACGGUUAUAUGUUUCCUAUAUUUUUAUAUCAUUAUUAUUAUUAUUAUUGAUAAUGUUUUAUUGAACGUGUAUUUGAAUUUCCUUUAAUUAACAACUAACAAGAUUUUUGUGAUUUAUUUUUCUAAUAACUAUGAUUAUCUUUCUAGUUUCUAACAUCACUUAGUUAGUUAGUGAUCUUUCAAAUAAAUUAUAUUUUUACCAGAGUUUUUUUUUCG